UAUACAUUUAAAAACUGCUUUUUGGUUUGAGUUUUAAACAUGGUACUCUCUGAAAUGCCACAUUUUGAUGAACUUUUUAAGAUAUGGAAGGAAUUAUUUAAGACAGCAGUUCUUUACAACUGAUUUUGUUUUACAUUUAAAAGUUGCAGGAUUACAUUUUGCAUAUUACAGUUGCCCUAGACUUGUUUUCAGUGUUGUUCUUCCUUCCCAUCUGUGAGUGAAAGAGGAAGUCCCACCGCUUCAAAACAAGUUUGCAUUUGCCACCUUAAAAAUAAACAGUUGUAAUGUGGUAGGCACAUACUGUUAAGUGUCUUAGAUAAUGCCAAGCAUGUUUCAUGGUUUUACUUCUGCUGAUAACUUGCAGCAAAUGGCCAUUGCAAUAUUAAACCGGUUUUGUCUUAUAUAUUUUCUCUCUGUCCAUUUCAUAAUUUCAGCUGAAGCAAUCAAUAUCCAUGUGUUCCAGAAGCCACGAUUUCUUGGCGUUAAGACAGGUCGGUCUGUGAUCAUAUACUGCGUGUCGUCUCAUUCAUCUUUGCCGGCUCAUGUAGUGUGGUUUAAAGAAGGGGCUGACAAAGUCACGCUCAAGAACAGCCAAAGAAUAAAUAUAAAGGAGAAGAGUGAAACAACAAAUGCCUCUAUUGCCAUAAAGAAAGUGGAGAUGGAGGACAGCGGCGUUUAUUUUUGCAAGCUGAAUGAUACGCUUGGACCAGGAACUGCGCUACAAGUGUCCAGAUAUAGUGAGCCCCAAGCUAUCUUGCACAGAUCUAGAGUCAAGGAUGUUAUCAUUUUCCUUCAGGCUUUUCUGUUGAUUUUGUGCAUUGUCGUUCCUCUGGUUCAGUUUUACAAGCUGGAGAAGAAAGAAGAAGCGGAUUAUGAAGAACCUGAGGAUGAUCACAUAUAUGAGGGUUUAGAAAUCGAGCAGUGUGGUGGUGAUGUGUACGAGGACAUCUCUGUUUACGCCCAGCCCACAGAUGCACCAUGGGAAGUUGAGUCCCCAGACCAAGAGUGAGAAAACACACAUCCAGAUAUCAGCUUCACCAGAACAAUGAUUACAUUCCGUCCACUAUCACGACGGACCAUCUGUGUGUGCUGUGUGUGCACACUGAUGAUGUCACUGAGUGUGAGUGUAUGUUUGAAAAAGAUUUCACUUGAAACUAUUAUCUCGGAAGGAGUAACC